UCGUAAGGGUUGAAUGCAUCUCUCCAAUAACAUUCCAAUUACUGCGUAAAUUCAUCGUUGCAUUUUGUGUUCCGAUUGUUCUGGAUUUAGUUUUAUCACUUAGUGUUACAUUCUGCGGUUUUGUUGAUAAGCAUUAGCAGCCGUAGGCGAUAUAUGUUUCCCACAAGCGUUUCAUUUUCGCCGAAGCGGUAGUGCAUUGCUAAUCGUUUAAUUGUGCGCUCUGAAGUAGAAAAUAGUGUUCGUUUAGUUUCUGCUACUUUUAGGUGUUCAGAUAGAGUGAAGAGUGAACGUAUUUUAAGGAUUUCGCAGAUUCAAAAGCCUAAGCUAAACACUAAAAUCUUGCAACAUGUCGGUGUAUCAGAUGGGACCCAACACGCACGCCAUCCCGAUGUUGCUGUUCCGCGAGAAUCGGGAGAAACUAGUAAGCGAACUGCGUAAGGCACGGAACUUUGAGGGUCGCGCAUUGGUUCUGCUGCAAGGAGGGAGCAGUAUUAGCCUCUAUGAUACCGAUGUGGAUUAUGUCUUUCGCCAGGAAUCCUACUUCACGUAUCUGUUUGGUGUAACAGAGCCCGACUGCUACGGUACGGUUGAUGUCUCUUCCGGUCGUGCCACCUUGUACGUGCCCCGCCUGCCCAACGAUUACGCCAUUUGGGCGGGCCCUUUGCUUACCCUGGAGGAUUUCAAGAAAAAGUACGAGGUGGAUGAGGUGCAGUAUGCGGAUGAGAUUGAAGAGAAAAUCGGUGAAACAAACCCGUCAGUGCUACUAACAUUGAGCGGUCCCAAUACAGACAGUGGACUCCAGUCGAAGCCGGCUUAUUUCAAGGGAAUCGAGAAGUUUGUGCUUGAUUCGGAUAUAUUGUUCCCGAUUAUCGCAGAAUGUCGCGUCAUAAAAUCACCAUCGGAGAUCGAAGUGCUGCGGUACGUGGCGCGCGUCUCAUCAGACGCCCAUAAGAUGGUGAUGAAGAACAUUCGCCCCGGUUGGUACGAAUAUCAGGGGGAAUCGGAAUUCAUACACCAUUCCUAUUCGGUGGGUGGCUGUCGGCACAUGUCGUACACCUGUAUAUGCGGUGCCGGAUCUAAUUCGGCUAUUCUGCAUUACGGUCAUGCUGCUGCUCCGAACGAUCGGCUCAUCCAGGAUGGGGAUAUGUGCUUGUUCGAUAUGGGCGCCAACUACGGAGGCUACACUUCGGACAUCACCUGUAGCUUCCCGGUGAAUGGAAAGUUUACAGAGGACCAAAAACUGAUCUACAAUGCCGUCCUGGCCGCACGGGAUGCGGUAUGCGCUAGUGCGAAGGAGGGCGUCUCCUGGGUGGACAUGCAUCGCCUAGCUAAUCGUGUGAUGCUGGAGGAGCUCAAAACAGGUGGAUUGCUACAAGGCAAUGUGGAUGAGAUGAUGGCCGCUGGGUUGAACGCUAUCUUCCAACCGCACGGAUUGGGACAUUUCCUAGGUUUGGAUGUGCACGACGUGGGUGGUUAUUUGACGCACUGUCCAGAACGUCCCAGCGAGCCAGGAUUGAAUCGUCUGCGCACGGCCCGAACACUGAAGGCUGGAAUGUAUGUCACCAUUGAGCCUGGCUGUUACUUUAUUGAACCGUUACUCGAGAAAGCUUUCGCGGAUCCGAUAAUGAAUAAAUUCAUGGUCAAAGAAAAAAUUGAUCGCUUCCGCAACUUUGGAGGUGUUCGUAUUGAAGAUGACGUUCUCAUCACGAAGACAGGCAUUGACAAUUUCACCUUUGUACCAAGAACCGUUGAGGAAAUCGAGACUUGGAUGGCGCAAUAAACAACACUUCUUUCUCUGAAACCAUAUUCCUGGGAGAGAUCAAUAUAUUUUACAUAUUCCAGCAGCCAAAUGAGAAGCGCGCAUGAUAAAUAAAUAACAUUUUUAUUCAAA